AUGGUGGGAUCUCGCUUCAUUCCGAUUGCUUGGCGCUGCCAUGACAGUUACCUUCCUUGGGCAGUCGUCCGCGUCGACGAGGGCAUAAGAUGCGCUUAUGCCUUUGGUGCGCCGAAGGCCUCUGUCUACAGAAGGUGGAGAGAUGUCCAGGACGAUCUUCAAGAUCUUGGCCUUGCGAAAGGUGCGACAGAUGGUGCGGAGUGCUGGCGCCCUGAAGGGGACCUUUGCACCGUCGCCCUGAAGUCCAACCGUUUCCUGAUGGAGCUCGAGGGCAGCAAGCAGGAGGUUUGGCGCAAUGUCGCUAUUGCCUUGGCCUCGGUGUCCUUGGCUUUGGCCGUCCUGGCAGCCUCCUACCGCCGUCGAUUUGGCCACGAGCUGGUGCCGACAGAGGAUCCAGAUUGCCAGGAGGCCGAGUCACUGUCUGCACGUGUUCGCCGACUGGUGGCCGGCGCAGCAGCGAAAGUUUCUGAAAGCACCCCUCAACUGUCGGCUCGGAGCUCGCGGCGCACUUUGCGCGCCGACCGGUUCAUCUCUGGCAAUGGGAGGCCGAAUCAAAACCUUGCUGCGGACUUUGCUGAUGCGGCUGCUCGCGCCCGAAGCCACGGCGCAGCGUGA